AUGCACUUUGGAUGCCUAGACAUGAGUUCUCAGUUCGAAUUGCAAGCACAGCUCUUUGCUGAGAAACUCAAAGACACCGACGACGUUUCGCGCUAUAUUAGUGUCUUCGAGCAUGCAAGACGGCGAUUUGCCGAAAUGGCAAUCACCUUCACCGAUGGAGAAGCAGUCUUUCUUCUUCUACAGGGACUGCCGCAGACUCCGGAAUGGAUCAUCUUCAAACGCAUGACCAUGGCAUCAUACAGCAAUUCUUCCUCCGCUCUUCUCGCAGCGAGCUCCACUGCCUCGACAACUGCUCCCACAAUGACGUUCACGACUGUUGCAGCCUCCCUCUCAGAAGAGGCCAACAGAAUCUGA